UACAAGGUAUUGUUUUUUCACACACGUGACACGGUCGUCAAAAAGUGGCUUCCCUUUAUCGGAGAAACCCGAGCUACUGUACUAUUUCAUUGUACAUCAUACAAAAUCUUGUUAUUGAUAACAUAGCAUCUGCUGAACUAAGCUUCUGAACGGCGACAACUAAAUUUUUCCAUCUUAUUUAAGUCACCAGCUCCCUUGAAACUGGUCUUGAGCCAUGAAGCACUGGAAGGAGGCAGCCACUGUAAUCUUAGCUGCCAGCAUAAGACAAAAUGGACGAGUUAAGAUGCCGAUAGCAGCGACAUCCAAAAUACAACCCAACCAAGAGAGUCCCAAUGUCGCUCCAUUUGACUAUAAAGUACUAAUGCUACAAAGGACCCAUCGGAGCUCAUUCUUUGCUGGUGCUCAGGUGUUUCCUGGUGGGGGUAUCGACGAAGCAGAUUUCUCCCCAAAGUGGAUGGAACUGUUCGCUGAAGCCGGUAUAAAAACACUUGCAGAUUUUGGGCCGAUGGUAAACAUCAGUCAAAACAGCAGACCGCCGAUGAUCGCAGUGCACAGAGAUUCACCCAUACCCAGUGACAUAGCAUUCAGAAUCUGCGCUAUACGAGAAACAUUUGAAGAAUCUGGGGUACUUCUUGUAAAACCUUUCAGUCAUCUUACUACUACUAAAGCACCCUCAGCAGUACAGUUUGGACAGCACAAGUUACUUGGAACCUCAGAGGCAGCAAACUUAAAAGUUAGCAAAGAGUGGCGACAGCGGGUGCAUAAAAACGCCAGCGCCUUCUUAGACUUAUGUCGUGAGUAUAAGAGUCUUCCUGAUGUAUGGUCAUUGGCGGAGUGGUCUAAUUGGCUAACACCAUCUGAUUUACCCAAGAAGCGUUACGACACAAUGUUCUAUUUGUGUUGUAUGGAGACUUUGCCCGCGGCUAACAUGGAUAACAAAGAGAUAAUUCAAUCACAGUGGUUAACGCCGAGCCAAUCUCUAACGCAGUUUGUUGAAGAGGAAUACUUCCUACCACCACCCCAGGUUUACGAGCUUCAACGGCUAUGUCGUUUCCAAACACUUUCGGAGUUAUUCAGUUUUAGUCAACAGAGGGCGCUGUUAGGGUGUCUACAGUAUCUCCCUGUGAGGAUGAAUUGCAACGACGGUGUAAUUUCACUCUUACCAGGAGAUUCAAUGUAUCCCAAGAAGCCAGUCUUUGAAAACAUUCAAGGUGAGAACAUUCCAGUACUAGAUGAGUCGAUACAAGACAACACUGACCAGAACUCCAGUCAGCUCAAUCGUCAGACCUUUGCUUUAGGUACACGUAGUGUAUCAACGUGCCGCUCUGUCUGUAGUAUAACACAUCCUAAUGGUCACUGUUCACCAUUACCGCUUGACGAAUGUAUUGAUUCAAUCAAAUCAAAAUUAUAAAAAUUAAAAAAAUUGUUAGGAUUUCAAUAGACCGAUCCAUUAGGCUCCGUCCACGACGAGCAAGAACAUGCGAGCCUCUCCAAUACCUUCGCCAAGCAUAUGCACAUGCAUGUCAGACUUUAUUUUGUCGGACCUAUGUUGCGUUGUGAUUGGUCAAUACGGGAACGGGGCGGAGCUUAUUGGAUUGGUCUAUUGGGUGUGAAGCUUCUACUUGUGAAAUAAACCAAUCAUUAAUAAUAAUAAUCAAUGUUUCUGAUCAGUAGGCCUCAAACUGUAUCCUGGAUUUAUCUGUUUCUAUUCAAUAUGCUCCAGAUUGUCUUUGUCUUUCUUCUGUAGAAGAAUAAGAGUGUACUGAUCAGAGCCUUGAGUUGUUUGAGUUGUUAAACACUGGUUAUAUUUAGAAACACCAUAACUUAGAUACUAUUUUCAUGUACAGGGUAUUCCUGCAAACCUUACUACUGUAAAUUGUAUCUCCAUCAUGCAAAGUUUUAAAUCCUUCUAGAUACAUGGUGUUGUUAUACGGCAAACCUUGUGGGCAUAACUACAAGUUUGUUUAAAUUUAAAUAUCCAUCAUUUUCACUUUGUAUAACGAUUUUCUGGAGAAGUGCACAUUUUAAAUCCAUAUCAUUAUUACUAUUAUUAUUAAUAAUUAUUGUGUUAAUGUGAACUGGACCGCUUGGCCACAACCUGCCACAUAUAUUUAGCAUGUAUAAAGCAAAUAUUUGUUUUAAAGUUAUAUUUUAUUAUAAUUUCAAAUAAAACCUAUACAAGAAUCAUAUAAACCCCAAAAAAAAGUCUUCAUUUGUGAUCAUUUGUUGAUUUAGACACAGACUAUUGGGUUCCUAGCCUCGGUUGUCAGUGCAUUAAGUAGGGAAAAGUAUUGACAAACAACUUCAAAACAGCAUCACUUUGCUCUUAAAAAUGAUAUGCAGGUGGCUCCCCUUCCCCAGUAUGCAUCGACUUCAUCAUGCUGAUAUAAUAACAGUGGAAGCGCACAGCACUUUUUUAAAAUGAAAAAAGUUUAAAGCGAAUUUAAAAAACUUUGUGUGUCAAUUACUUAAACCAAUUUGAUUCAGGUCUUGUGAGAAAAUACAUUUGGUCCAGUUAAAAAUGUGAAACGCAAGUCAACAGUCUUAAUCAGCCUGCCGUCUCUUCCUAACUUAGGAUUAAUCUCAGGUUUUAGGACGAGUUAAAUCCCCUCUCCAAAGACGUCAUGACGCAGUGAACCCAUCUUAAGUUAGGAUGGGUCACUCCAACUCGAGACGGGAUGAAUCCUAGCGUUUCCUAAGAUCAGCGGCUGGCUAUAUAUGCCGUGUGCACAGGAUGGGCCAAUAAGAAACAAGGUGAUUAUAACCGCAGACUUGGGGACAUAAUUACCAUAUUCAUUUUCUAAAUAAUCUGCACAUCACAAGGCGACAAGCAAUUUAACAAUAAAAGAUACAUUAUCAGAGCUGAUAUUUUUUAAUAGCUGUCACACAGAGACUUCUGCUUGACAUGAUUUAUUUUCUAAUCAAACAUUUUCGGGGUACCAGUCAAGUAUUUAGCUGGUAAUCAAGGAUUAUUGACAAACAAGCUAUUACAAUCAAUGUUUUAUAAAAGACCUUAUGCACAUGACGUCGCCAUGUAGAGAUCAAACGGAGGCUGGUGAUUAGCGAUUUGAUUGUUUCAUUACCCGUAAGAUGGCGGAUGGAUGACGUCAAUGCAUAAGGUCUAUACCUGACCCAGAAGCCAAAUCUGAAUCAAGUGACUUACAUGUACUACGGCUAUGGCUGAUGGCUCCAAUGACAAUAUUGAAGCACGGGACUUUUCAGCAAUAGCCACUGAUGAAGCCAUUAAUUCGGUCAAUGGCUUUUGACCAAAUUAACACAAAACCAACAGGAGUAUUCUAGAACAACAGGUGGCAGCAGACUAGCCAGAUGCACCUAUUGUUCUUAAACAUGGCAAGUCUUUAAACUAUUUCCCAUCGCGUAAGCUACCCCUUUUUAAAACUAAUGUUAGUCAUUGUUUUCAAUGAUUCAACGAAUUUAAAGUUGUCACCCAUAAAUGGAUUUUUAUUUCAUUAUUGUACAGUUUGUUCAGGGUUGUUGCAUUUUAAAAAGCAAUCCCAUGAAAAGCAUGAAUCUGCAACGGGAAAAAAAAAACUGAAAUCAAAAGACAAAGUAGUUUUAUUACUUCAGAAAUGACAACUAAAUUUAGAGCCUUCACCAAUUAACUAAUCAAAAC